UUUUAAUCUGUGUGUUUAACGCCAACCGCUGACGCUGAAUGAUAAAAUUUUGUUUUCAUUUAGCUUUUUAGCGGUUAAAUUAACAAAUUUACGGGAAACAAAAAGAUUUCAUUUUACAUUAUCAAGUAUAAAUUAGUAAAUUCACAUAAUAAGUACAAACAAUCUAAUUACUGAAACUAUCAUACUAAAACAUAACCUACAAUGCCUUUUCUUGAUGGGAAGGAAAUCGAGCUGGUGUUUAGUGAAGAGGACUUACCUUAUGAGGAGGAAAUUCUUCGAAAUCCGUUUUCUGUGAAGCACUGGCUUCGGUAUAUUGAGCAUAAGAAAGGAUCGUCAAAAAAUGAGAUAAAUCUUAUAUAUGAAAGAGCUAUUAAAGAACUACCAGGUUCCUUUAAGCUGUGGUAUAAUUAUCUUAAGAUAAGAAGAUCACAAAUAAAAGGCAAAUGUGUUACAGAUCCAUGCUAUGACCAUGUUAAUAAUGUCUUUGAAAGAUCUUUGGUGUUUAUGCAUAAAAUGCCCAGAAUAUGGAUGGACUACUGCACUUUUCUGACUGACCAGUGUAAAAUUACAAUUACUAGAAAAGCAUUUGAUAGUGCUCUUCGUGCCCUACCCAUCACCCAACAUCAUAGAAUAUGGCCACUUUACUUGAAGUUCUUGAAAAAACAUGACAUACCUGAAACAGCUGUUAGAGUUUUCCGAAGAUACUUAAAACUGUGCCCAGAAGAUACAGAAGAGUACAUAGACUACUUGACAUCAAUUGAUAAGUUAGAUGAAGCUGCAGUAAAACUAGCUCAAAUUGUUAAUAAUGAAAAUUUUCAAUCUAAACAUGGCAAAUCCAACCACCAACUGUGGAAUGAACUGUGUGAGCUAAUAUCAAAGAAUCCUGAUAAGAUUCAUACCCUCAAUGUUGAUGCUAUUAUUAGAGGAGGACUAAGACGAUACACUGAUCAAUUGGGACACUUGUGGAACUCACUGGCUGAUUAUUAUGUACGAAGUGGACUCUUUGAUAGAGCAAGAGACAUUUAUGAAGAAGCUAUUCAGACUGUUACCACAGUCCGGGACUUUACACAAGUGUUUGAUGCUUAUGCACAAUUUGAAGAGCUAAGUUUGAGUAAAAAAAUGGAGGAAGUUGCUAAAAAACCAAGCCCAACUGAAGAUGAUGAUAUUGACUUAGAACUACGGCUAGCAAGGUUUGAAUACCUUAUGGAAAGAAGACUACUACUUCUAAACUCUGUUCUUUUACGUCAAAAUCCCCACAAUGUAGCAGAAUGGCACAAAAGAGUUAAGCUUUAUGAAGGCAAGGCUCAUGAGAUCAUAGACACAUAUACAGAAGCUGUCCAAACAGUAGAUCCUAAACUUGCUGUUGGAAAACUGUACUCCCUGUGGGUAGCCUUUGCUAAAUUUUAUGAAGAAAAUGACCAGAUUGAAGAUGCCAGGUUAAUAUUUGAAAAGGCUACACAGGUCCCGUAUGCCAAAGUUGAUGAUUUGGCAUCAGUAUGGUGUGAGUGGGCUGAAAUGGAAAUUAGGCAUGAAAACUAUGAAGAGGCACUGAAGUUAAUGCAAAAAGCCACAGUAUUGCCCAGCAGAAAAGUGGCUUACCAUGAUGAUACAGAGACUGUUCAAAUGAGACUUUACAAAUCAUUGAAGGUAUGGUCCAUGUAUGCAGAUCUGGAAGAAAGUUUUGGAACAUAUAAAUCUUGCAAAGCUGUGUAUGACCACAUAAUAGACUUGAAAAUCGCCACACCACAGAUAAUUAUCAACUAUGGUCUCUUUUUAGAGGAACAUAAUUACUUUGAAGAAGCUUUCAGAGCAUAUGAGAAAGGGAUAGCUCUUUUUAAGUGGCCCAAUGUUUACGACAUAUGGAAUACUUACCUUACGAAAUUCUUAAACAGAUAUAAUGGAACUAAACUAGAAAGAGCCAGAGAUUUAUUUGAGCAGUGCCUAGAAAACUGCCCUCCUGAGUUUGCGAAAUCGGUAUUUUUACUGUAUGCUAAACUAGAAGAGGAACAUGGUUUGGCCAGGCAUGCCAUGGCUGUGUAUGAGCGUGCAACUACUUCUGUUCUCCCAGAAGAAAUGUUUGAUAUGUUCAACAUUUACAUAAAGAAGGCCGCGGAAAUAUAUGGGGUCCCGAAGACACGUCAAAUAUACGAAAAAGCGAUAGAAUCUUUAUCAGAGGAGAAAGCACGUGAGAUGUGCUUACGAUUCUCAGAAAUGGAAACGCGGCUUGGGGAGGUGGAUCGCGCUCGUGCUAUUUACGCCCACUGCAGUCAAAUGUGUGACCCGAGGAUCACUGCAGAGUUCUGGAACACUUGGAAAGAAUUUGAAGUUAAACAUGGAAAUGAAGAUACAAUGCGCGAAAUGUUGAGAAUCAAGAGAAGUGUCCAAGCCACAUACAACACUCAAGUGAACAUGAUGUCUGCUCAGAUGCUGAGCUCUGCAGCCCAAGCUGCUGGUACUGUUUCAGAUCUUGCCCCAGGAAUGAAGGAUGGCAUGAGAAUGUUGGAGGCCAAAGCAGCAGAAAUGGCUGUACUUAACAAAGGUAACAUCCUCUUUGUACGAGGAGAAACUCAAGGGCUUAAAGAAGCAGACAAGGUGGUUAAUCCAGAUGAGAUUGACAUUGAUGAAGAUGACGAUGAAGGCUCUGCAAAUAGUGAAGAAGAUGAGCCAGUACAGAAAAAAACUAUACCAGCAGCCGUUUUUGGUGGCUUAGCUCCCAGUACCAGCCAAGAUAGUGAUUAGACUUAGACUAUAAGGAAACUUAUUGGUACUGAAAAUUUGUAAGUAAACUAAUAAAUUAAUUUAAGGAGAA